ACAAGAGAAGAGAGGAGAAGAGAAGAAGAGAAGAGAAGGCGGAAGAACGCAAAACAGGAGAGAGAGAGAAAGAUGUGCGGUAUUUCAUUCAUAGUAGAUGGCCUUUGCUUCGAUUUAUCCUCCAUUGUUACAACCCAGCAACUAUCUUCUGUCGAACCAUUUACAUUUAAAAUUGAUGACGUGAAAGCCCGUUUACGGAGAAGAGGUCCUGAUAGUUUGGGGACUAAAAAGGUUAUCCUUGAAGUGAAGGAUGCCAAAGUACAUUCUUAUGUUGUCAGGGAGGAUGAGGAAACCGAAAGCGAAGUCUCUUGUUUACGCGGCUCUAUGCAUGAUUGCAAACCUUUAGCCAAUGGAGAGAAUGGGCAGCAAUCUGUUGGAGAGAUGUACUUUGUUGGUGCUGUUUUACAGUUGAGGGGAACAAAGCCGGUUGUGCAGCCGUUAGUUGAUGCAUCUGGGAAUAUUCUCAUUUAUAAUGGCGAAAUAUUUGACGGGCUUCACGUGAGCUAUAAUAGCAAUGACGCCAGUGCUCUUCUGCAGUCUUUGGAAAACUGUUGCUGCUGCCAGUUCCACGAGAAUGUGAGCACCUGUAGCGGAAAAACAAUUCCCGAACUUCUUUCAUCUAUUAAGGGGCCAUGGGCCGCGAUAUAUUGGCAGGAUGCCUCCAGGACUUUGUGGUUUGGCAGGGAUGCAUUAGGGAGAAGGAGCCUUCUUGUUCAUUGGCCCACUUCGGAGGACUCUCGGCUUGUUUUGUCUUCUGUAUCACCUUCAGCCUCCACUUUCCAGGGCCCAGAUCCUGAAGUUGAAGAUAGAGAAAGUAACCUCAAUUACUGGGAAGAGCUCCCCUGUGGAGUGUACAGUAUAGCUGUUCAUGUGUCAGGAGCUGGUGCAUAUCUGGCUGGAAAAAUCAGAAAUCAUGAAUGGCUGAACGAUAUGCUAAAAGAUCUAAUCAAGUGGGAGAGAAAGCUGAUUGAGCCUAAGCUUAUGGAGUCAAAUUCUUCCAAUUGCUCACUACUGUCAGGGAACUCAGACUUGCUUUCAGCUUCUGAUAAUGGAAAAUUGCAGUCUUCAACUAUUUCAGCAGCUGACAGGGUCUUGGCUGCCUUGAGAAAAUCUAUGACACGGCGUACUACCCAAAAUACAAUUUUCAAGGAAGCUACGCAUGAUGGACGAGAGGAUGUUGUUCCUGUGGCUGUUCUGUUUUCAGGAGGGUUAGAUUCCAUGAUACUGGCUGCAAUACUGCAUGAAUGCCUAGAUGCCAGAUAUGACAUUGAUUUGCUAAAUGUCAGCUUCAACGGUGAAGCAGCUCCUGAUCGAAUUACUUCUAGAGUAGGACUGAAGGAACUGAAAAGAAUUGCACCUUUCAGAAGGUGGAGACUUGUCGAGAUUGAUGCUGAUUUGUCAAAUCUAACCAUGGAGAUGAAGCAUGUUGUAUCUCUAAUUAACCCUGCAAAAACAUACAUGGACCUGAAUAUUGGUUUAGCACUGUGGCUGGCCGCUGGUGGUGAUGGUUGGGUGCAUGAAGCAGAUAUUUCUGCUCAGCUUGAAGGCUAUCAGCGCUUCAGAUACAAGUCUGAAGCAAGAAUACUACUAGUUGGUUCUGGGGCUGAUGAGCAGUGUGCUGGAUAUGGUAGGCAUAGAACAAAAUACAGAUCCAGCAGUUGGCUUGGCCUAAAUGAGGAAAUGAAGUUGGACAUGCAGAGAAUCUGGAAAAGAAACCUUGGUAGAGAUGAUAGAUGUAUUGCUGACAAUGGGAAAGAGGCAAGGUUUCCAUUCUUGGAUGAGGACGUCAUAAGGAUAUUACUUGACUUUCCGCUAUGGGAGAUCGCCAACCUCACUCAGCCAAGUGGCACGGGUGAUAAGAAAAUUUUGAGAGAGGUUGCUAGAUUGCUCGGUUUACAUGAAGCAGCAACUCAGCCAAAGCGAGCUAUUCAGUUUGGUUCCAGAAUAGCACAAGAAUCAAAUCGCAAGAAUUUUGGCAGCAACCGUGCAGCAAAUCAAGCAUCUGCUGGCAGUGUAGUCAUUUACAAGUCACCGAGUUAACAUCUCCUGUUACCUGGUGAGACUGCGAAUGACAUUGGUUAGCGACUGACAGCAAAUGUUUUUUUUACUGUUGAGGAUUUUUAUGAAGUGAUUUCACUCAGGAAGUGGUAGAUGUAUUGUUUCAAAGUUGAACAAUGUAACCCUAUUCCAGUAAUAUAUCAAAAUCAUUGUAAUUUGAGUUUAAGAA